AUGGGGCUGCUUUCCCGCUUCUCGUCUGACUCCGAGCCGACUUGGGGCAAGGUUCUAGCAGGAUUGGGGAGCCUUGCGGCUGGCGGUGCCAUCUAUUGGCUGCUCUCGAGACGUUUGGGCUGGCACCGUCCAAAGCGGGUGCACGUUGCCAGCUUGUACGUGUACCCCAUCAAGGGCUGUAAAGGCCACUCACUCUCAAAGGCACGUCUUACGAAGUGGGGGAUCGAAGACGAUCGAACGUACAUGAUCGUGAACGACAAACUGGAGUUUGUUUCACAACGCGAGCUACCCCGCAUGGCCCUCAUCCAUCCAGACCUGCCAACCUCAAAAGGCAUCAUGAUGCGCGUGGCUCCGGGGGAGGCUGCGGACCCGCUGCUUGUGCCACUGAAGCUAGACGGCCCAGAGAAGAAGGUCAGAGUUUGGGAGGACUGGGUACCGGCAAUCGAUCAAGGUGACGAGGUGGCAAAGUGGCUUUCAAGCUACUUGCGGAUUGCUGGCCUGCGGCUGGUUAGAAUCGCCAAGACGGCUCAACGAACUACGGACCCCAAGUACGGCACUGGAGAGACUGCCUUCUCUGACGGCUUCCCAGUGCUUGUGACAUCGCAAGCCUCCAUCGAUGCGAUUCGCAGAAGAGUGAAGAAUGCAGGGGGCCCGGUUGUGGGCAUUGACCGCUUUCGACCGAACAUCCACGUGGAAGGUUGUGGGCCUUUCCAAGAGGACGAGAUGCGGUCAUUGUCUCUUCCAGGCGUUCAGCUGCCGUUGGUGAAGCCCUGCUCCCGCUGCACUGUCCCUGGAAUCGACCCGCAGACCGGGACGCGAACGACGCAGACUGGAGGCGCUGUGACGAAGACCCUGCGAGAGCACCGUUCUGGCCGCUUGAUGGCCCAAAGUGCAGCGCUGCACAAGGGUUUCUUUAGCGAAUCCAGAAGAGCAGAUGACGUCUACUUCGGGCAGAACGCGCUGGUUUGUCUCGACCACAGCAGUGGGGCGGAGAUUUCCGUCGGCGACAUUGCGGCCGUGGCAUGGUAA